GUGUAAAAAGAAUAGAAGAAAAAUAAUAAUAAGAAAUGAUUAGUAAUCGUGUGAUUAUGUGAGAGUGGUGUUUGAAAUGAUUAAAAAUUAAAUUUCAAAUUCAAAUUUUAAGGAAUCCCAAAUAAUGAUUUUAUGAAAGUCGGUCGUCAUUUUCCAAAAUACGAAUGAAGUUAAUUUUUAAAGAUUUUCAAAAAUAUCAUUUGUACGGUGAAUAGAGAACUGAAUCAAUGUGUGUAUUUUAUGUCAUGUUACAGUAGUGUGUGAUUGCUGGCGAAAGAGCACAUUAAAGAAACGAAACAUUCGAAAAAAGAACAUAUAGCAUAGAAAAAAAAUGUAAUUAAAGAUAUUCGUGGAAAAUAUCCAAAGUGUCCGAAAACAAAAGGCGAGAAUGGAAACAAAUUGAGAGAGAGAGAAAGUAGAAAAGCACACGAAUUUUCAAUUUGGAUUCGUGGUACACAAAUUUCGUACACACCACGCUUGCUUCAUCGUAGUACAUCUAACGAUUAAAGAGAGGAAACGAAAACGAAAAGAAAGCAGAACGUCCUGCAAAUUCAAGCAGCAAACGUACAAACACACACACACACAUAAUGGGAACAACUAACAAUGCCUACGAGUGAUAUCCCGUAGUGUGACGACAAUUCAUUUUUUAUCCCUUCAUUCUGUCGGUUUUCUCUUCAGCCUUUCAUUAUUUUUUUUUUCUCUUCUCACAAUUUUGUUAGUUGAAUUCUCGCCUUAUUUCCACGUAAAAUUGAUUUCGUUUUAUGUUUUGUUGUGUUUCUGAACUGAAAUACGGUAUUAACCGCACCUAAAACAGUUCGAAAUCGUAAUAAUAACCCAAAUGUUUGAAUAACAGUGAUUCACAAAAUUACGUUAAAUUUUUAAAUGAAAAUGCGCUGGUUUUCAAAUUAAUAUCAGAAUUAAAUGAAGUAAAAGUAGUAAAAAGUUAUACAAAAAUCAAAUACAAAUCGAACACAACCGAGGCAUAAAUAGGCUGUAAAUACUACGAUCCGUUCUGAAAAUAAAAGUAGAGCAGCCACAAAUGCACGAUGAUAAAGAUGGAGGAGCCACCGCCAUUCGAUCAAUUUUGGAUACGAAGGCGAAGAUUAUCUAGCACCUUAACAUGUCUUUCGGUUACCGCCGUCGCCGUCAUCAUCAUCGCCUGUUUUCUUCCAAUUCAUCCAGUUAACGCAAGCAGUUGUGGCGAAGUAGAAGAAAUUCAAGAUAAUCUAAAUAUUACUAAAGAUAAUGAAACAACACCAGAAAAAGAUCCAUUGUUUCCAAAGGAUUUAUUCACUUUGGAAGAGCGUCGCAAUGGUGCUAUUAUUUUACACAUAAUUGGGGUGAUGUAUAUGUUUGUCGCUUUAGCUAUAGUUUGCGAUGAAUUUUUUGUGCCUUCAUUGGAUGUAAUAAUCGAAAAGCUGGACAUCACCGAUGAUGUUGCCGGAGCGACUUUUAUGGCCGCUGGCGGAAGUGCACCCGAAUUGUUUACAUCUGUGAUUGGUGUAUUUGUGUCAUUUGAUGAUGUUGGCAUUGGUACAAUUGUUGGUUCGGCCGUGUUUAACAUUUUAUUCGUUAUCGGAAUGUGUGCAAUAUUCUCAAAAACACUAUUGUCACUCACAUGGUGGCCACUGUUUCGCGAUUGUACAUUUUACAGUGUCAGUUUGUUAACGUUGAUCUAUUUUUUUCGUGAUAAUAAGAUUUACUGGUGGGAGGCGUUGAUAUUGUUUUCGAUCUAUGUAUUGUAUGCGGUGUUCAUGAAAUGGAAUCAUCAGGUGGAGUGCCUAGUGAAAAAAUUGCUGUAUAAAAAUAAGGUGACCAGAAAUAAUGCUGCAAACUCAUCAGAGACAUCGAUGGCAACACAACCAGGUGGAUCGGUAACAUCGAGAGCUGCAUCAGAAGCGCGAGCUGUUCCGGGCGGUAGCGGUACGUCUCAUCAUGAUUCAGCUACCGUAACUGGUGCCAAAUUUCGACAUGGCCUUCUACAACUGAUGAUUCACACCAUUGACCCAAUGCAUGAUGGAAAAGUCGAUGAAAAAGCAACGCAACUGCACGCUAUUGCUUCCUUAAAAGUUUUACUUGAUGCAACAAAACCACAACGAGGAGCCGCAACAUCCACAGCUGCCAAUAACGUUAGAACCAAUUUUAAAGAAACGACUUUAGUUGGAGACCGACCAAAUGGCAACAUAGACACCACACUCGAUUCGCAGAGUAACGAUUUAGACGAACCGAAUGAACCGUUGGACAUGGGAUGGCCCAAAGGGGGGCGAAAACGGUUAAGCUACGUAUUGGUUGCACCGAUAUUGGUGCCACUUUGGCUAACACUUCCAGAUACACGAACGCCGCGUGGCAAACGAUUUUUCGUUGUAACAUUUCUCGGUUCGAUUGCAUGGAUAGCCGCAUAUUCAUAUCUUAUGGUGUGGUGGGCGAAUGUGUUUGGUGAAACGGCUGAUAUACCACCUGAGGUGAUGGGUUUGACAUUUUUAGCAGCUGGUACUUCAAUUCCGGACUUAAUAACGUCAGUGAUCGUGGCCAGAAAAGGUUUCGGCGAUAUGGCUGUUUCCAGUUCGGUUGGUAGCAAUAUAUUCGACGUCACGGUUGGUUUACCGAUACCAUGGCUGCUAUAUGGUAUAUUUUUCCAAGCACCGGUUGAAGUCAAUUCAUGCGGAAUGGUAUGCUCGAUUGCCAUUCUAUUCAUGAUGCUGCUAUUUGUCAUCGCAUCAAUAGCUUGUUUCCAAUGGCGUAUGAACAAAGGACUGGGAGUGACAAUGUUUUUGCUCUAUUUCGUAUUCGUUGCCAUUUCAUUAAUGUUCGAAUACAAACACUUGACGUGUCCAUUUUGAAGCGACGAUGACAUUAAAUCAAAAGAUAAUAUUCCACAUUUCAAACAACAGAAAAUCAACACAACCAAAAACACACCACACAAAACACGAAACCAAAUAAACAUCAAUCGCAUUUUCGAACUGACAGAGAGAGAGAGAUAUAUACACACACAAUAUAUACGAAAAUCGUGAAUAAUAAUGUAAUAUUGGAAGAUAACACAAAAUGAAAUAUAUAAGUGCAUAAUAACACAGUGUUACUGAAAUUGGAGACGUGUGCCGGGAAAAAUAAAAUUUACUUAGAUCGCUAACAUAGAUGACAACAACAAAAUAAAAAAGUUCAAAAAUUUUAUGCAUUUUAUCGGUAGAGCGAAAAUAUCAGGUCCUUUUUAUCUGCAUAAUACGAUUUUUAAAUGCUUUUAAAACAUAUUUGAAACAGAAAUCAAUUGAGCUCGACGAAAUCUAAGGAAUGAAUCAACAGAAUAAAAAAAGACAAACAAAAUGCGCAAACGCUAUUUAUUAUUGGACUUUACAAUUCCAAAAAUGAACUGUUCCAAGUUGGAUGAAGAGAAUACAUAAAUUGUAAAUUCGCCACCGAGAGCAAUACAAAAUAAUCUAUAGAACUACAGUUCAGAAUAAACAAUUGGCGCACAAUUUCAGAAGAAAGUUGUUUUUUUCUUUUUUUUAAAAAAUGAGAAUUCUGAUUUUAAAAUGGAGAAUAUGCAACCAAUAAUAAUAUUAAAAGAUAAAUAGAAAAUCACGUGUCGAUACAUUUAUACAGCAUUUAUUUUAAUUGAAAGUUUUGAAUCCACACCAUAUACCCACAUAUACACACAUACACCACGGAUGAAUGUAUCCAGUUGUUACAAAUUUCGUUAAAUUCGCGCGUUUCAAGUUGAUUCUCUCUCUUACUCUCUGACUCUCUCUAUCUUUCCUUUUCCCUCUCCAAUUCAAAAUCUUCAAUCAAAAAUAUAGGGCAAAAAUAAUAAUCGAUUGCUCAAUUGGACUUGCAACUUAUAUUAUUAAAGUGUACAAUGUAUUCAAGAAAUUGUUCACAUGUUUCAUUUUUCCCGGGAAUAAAAUACUAUUUUCAAAAAGUUUGUCUUUCUCUUCUGCUGUAAAACACUGAAUGACAUGAUGAUAUAACAAAAAAAAAAAAUGUUAAACCAGAUUCCGCUGUCGAACUCAGUGUUGAAGAGAGCAACAACAAAAAAUACAGCACACUUUCUGCACGUCACUCCUUCGAAAACUGAAUUACAACAACAAUUACAACUAAAAACGAAUCGAAACAAACAAACAAAAAAUGAAUUCAAUGGAAAAGCAAUAUUUGCUCAAAUAAUUUAAUAAUUACAUUUAUACAAAAAAAAAAUAUAUAGGAAAAUAGGAUGAUAUAAAAUCAUAAACGGCCUUAGUAAAUAAAAAAAAAACUCGAAAAAGACAAAAAAAUAAUAACAAAAUAAGAUUCAAAACAAACAACAACAAUAACGAAAGAAAAAACCAUCCCAAAAAUAUCGGAGUUGCUAAAAUUCAAACACACACGCGUGUUUCUGCCCAAAUUUUCUGGCUCAAUUUAAGAGUGGUUGGUGGUACACAGAUAUAGACAGUGUUCCGUCUGUUGUGACAGAAAAUCAGAUCAAUCGUAUAGAUAACAUUUAUUCCUCUCGAAUAUCCCUUUCUAACUUCUCAAUAAACGUUCACGUCACGAUUCAAAUAUAAACUGACGGAGAAUUCACCUCUCCACACAUACAAUAAUAUAAAUACAUUUAAAUUAAUUUAUUAUAUAUGCUAAUUCCUUACUGUAGUUGAAGUGUAAAUCUUUCACUUUUAGACUAAAAACACACACACACACGAAAACCUUUUCAUACCAUUAACAAAAACACAUGGAAAUAACGCUUUAACUGAAUAAAAACACAAACACACACUAUAUUACUCUUAUUAUGUAAUCAAUUAUAUGAAGUAGAGGCAAGUGAUAUUCUCGCUUCGAAUGGCUAAAAUUGCGUCUUCUGAAUCACAAACAAAAAGAGACAAAAUCAUUCGAAUAUAUAUGUAAUAUUUAUGAAACGAAAUUUGAACAACUGCUACCAAAAGAAACCUAUUUAUACAUAUAUAUUGUACUAUUGAAUGAAAAUAUAUAUAUAUAUAUAUAUAUCAUAUAUAUAUCCUCCAAAAACUCCUUCUCUCUUUUAGAAUGAUACACAAACAAAAAAACUUUACAUCAAGUAUUAUUACAUCAAAAUAUUUUUUAAAAUUCGGAUGCACAUAUCGUUGAAAUUAAAACUUACUAUUCAUAUAUACAACAACCUGAGGAAAUUUAAAAAAAACCACACAACCUUUUACUUAUAAUACCUAAAAUUGAACUAAACUAAACCAAAACUAGGACUUAACGAUGAGAAAUGAUCAACCAACUCACACUAUUAUAGUUUUAACAUUAACAAAUUGAAUCGGCGAACAUUCACACUCUGAAAAUGGAUUGUUAACUUUUCUGGUCGCGAGUAUCGAUUUUUCAAUGACAUGCAACUUGCAUUUAUCUCGCAUUUUUUUAUUUAACAAAUUGUUUGCACGACGCUUUCCGCAAAGUCAAUCCAUUUUACGGGAAAUGCAAGUUCAUGUGUCCAAGUUUCGUAUAUUUGUCACACCGUUUUCUGAGGCCAACCAUCCCUCCCCCAAUCACUUUUACACGGUCUCUCGCUAUUGUUUAUGUCUAGAGCAUAUGUGAACUUCAUGCAAUUAAUAAUCGAUUGGCCUCAUUUUUUUUUGAAGCGCAAAUAUUCCUGAGUGCAUUGACACCCUGAAUUCCGCUCUUUUGUGUUUAAUUUAACUUCAUUCUCAUGAUACAUUUUGUGUAAAAACAAUGACAAAUGAGAUUAGUUAGAGACCUGUUGUUGAAAAUGAAUUAUUUAUGUAACACCAGCAUCUAUUUUCAAUGCGACGAAAUCAGUGAGAGAGCCAUAUUUCAUUUUCAGUUAAUGAAUAACAUGUAAUAAAAUCAUCGACACAACAUAAAUAACAAUGUUAUUGUUAUAUUUUGAUAAAAAAAAACAGACAGUAAAUCUAUUAUCGGCAGUAAAACUCAGCAUUUAAAGAAAAAAAACCAAAAUAGAAUGAAACAAACUAAAGAAACAAUUCACAAAUAGGGAAUAAGUUUAAUCAAAUCGUCUCGUCGACGUGAUGAACACAAAAAAAAAAUAGAAAACAAAUCACAUCAUUUGAUGAUGUGCAUUUGAAUCAUAAUACGCUUCUUAUAAUUAAUCGAAAUAUAAACAAAACAAAUGAAACAAAUAAAAGUGGAAUACAGUGAACUAGACAAUUGUUAAGUAAAAUUUGAAAAAAAUGACGACGAAUGAAAUUAAAUGCAUAAGUAAGCGUUAAAUGAGUACUUUCAAAAGAAAGCACUCACCAUUUUACUAAAUGCAUAAUGAAAAUGUAGCAAAUUGAAAAAUAAGAUAUUGUUCCAAGUGAAGAUAAGGAUGAACGUAGCCUAGAUUGAAAACUUGUAGUGUUUUUAAAAUCGAUGAUGUUUGAAGGACUUUUAUUGUAGCAUUUGGUGAACGUGGUGUAGUCAACGUCACUCAAUUAGAAUUAACUAUGCCAUUUUUGUUCAAUCAUUUUUUUUUUCAUUUGUGAAUAUUGUUUCAGUUUUAAAUUGCCAUUCGAAUGAUAUCGAUUCAAUUUUAUUCAUUUAACAAAGAACGAAUAACAACUUAACAAACAACGGUACAAUAAAAAAGAUACACAAUUUGCCGAAAAACAUAAUAAUUAAAACAAACAAAAAAUAAACAAAAUAAAAAAAUAUGGAAGGUUUCAAAUCAUACUUAUACACACACCAAUGAGUAGCAUUAGCACAACAAAUGCAUCCGACAUCGUUUUUAUAUUUACAACAAUUUCACAUCUUGUAAACCAUACUGUCAAUGUUGAACGAAUCGGACCACAUACACAUACACUCAAUGAAACGAUAAAACUUAACAUAUUUACGAAGUUCGUUGGCAAAUGAUUACACCAGUCCAAAGAAGAAAAAUGCGUGAUCAGACCUACCUGUAUGAUAGACUCGGUUUUUGCAUGCAAGCGCAUCCAAUAGGACAAUUUUGUAACAAUUCAACCUUAAUCUACUCUUAAAAUGUCAAAAUAGUUCAACUAAGUUCGUUUGUGUGCUGUUUUCCGCUUUGCAAACACUUUUCAAGCAUGGUUUUGUACAAUUAGCAGCUAUAUGUGAUACACUGAAUGACUUCACUUGUGUACAUAUUCGCUCGGAAAUUGUGUAAUUCCAAGAGAUUAUGUUAUUUCAAAAAUUCGUUAAGAUCAGGCAUUGGUCCUCUAAGGAGGAUGAAUGGCGAGAAGGGAAAUGAAGAGGAGGAAAGCGCUGAGCUUCUCAAGUGAGGUGAACAUUUUUCUAACCAAAAAAGAUAUUUUCUUGAUAAAAAUAGUUUUUUGACCAAAAAAAAAACUUUUCCUCCUCAGCGUUCUCUUCCUCCUCCUGAUUUUCCUCCUCCCCAUUUCUCCUUCUCAGCGGAACAAUCCAUGGUUGGGAUUUUGGGAUUUUGCAAUUCAUCCAGCACGAAAAGUUUGCAUCACACACUCGGUUAUUUUUGAGAGUAAAUUAACUACAUGUCAUUCAAAUGAUUUUACUUUCCCUUUGAUCAAUCUUUAUUUUGGUUGUUUUUCCUUUUCAAACUUUCAGUCUAUUUUUUUUUUGUUUUACAAUUCGAACGCCUUCCAUAUCCUUGUAUAUAUUUACACAAAAAAAUAAUUACAGUCUUAGUAAUAGUUUCUUGUUGUUUAUUCCUUUUAUCAUCUAACAUAAAAAAGGUAUUUAUUAAUUGUAUAUUUUUACAGACAAAAUAAAAAUGAGAAAAAAAAUAUAGUGAAUCUUUGAACUUGUAGAGAAAAGUUUAAAAAGAAAAACAAUAAAAGUCAAGAAAAGUCUUGAUCGGUCCUCAGUUUUGUGUGCGUAAAUUUCGUUGGAGAAAUGAAUUAUUCACAGCUUUUUGCGAAUUGAAAUCGUUCUGAGCCAUAAAUAAUAUGAAAAUCGUUGAGAGAACGUUAAGAGAACGUUAGAAAAACCAAAUCCUACGGGAUAAAAAUUCUAUAAAGCAGUUAUGAAUAUAUUGUAGAAACUAGAAAACGAUAAGAUGUUUCAUGUUAUGUAAUUGAAUCAAAUUUAACAAAGAGAAAAAAAAAACAAAAAAAAAAUGAAAA